AUGCUGUGGGUCGACAAGCAUUCUCCUCGUGAGGUCGAGGAGCUCUCGAUUCACCCGGAUCUCUCUCGCCUCCUCGCCAAGCAAGCGGCCUCGCCUUCGCUGCCUCACCUCCUUUUCUACGGUCCGUCGGGCGCAGGAAAGAAGACUCGCGCGCUUGCUCUGGUGCGCAAGAUCUUCGGCUCCGCGGUCGACAAGGUCAGAGUCGAGACUUUUGCGGAUCGCGAGUCUGGAACAGAGGUGACGGUCUGCCGAUCUGGCCAUCACAUUCUGCUCUCUUGCCAAGAGUUCGGCCUCAAAGACCGCGCGAUCGCGCAGUCAAUCAUCAAGGAUAUCGCCGACAGCACUCCAGUCUCCGGUGUCUCUUCCUUCUUCGCCGCUCCCAAGGCCUCCAACGCUCCUUCCUUCAAAAUUUGCAUUUUCCAAGAUGCGGAUCUUCUCUCCGAAGGCGCACAGCAUGCGUUGCGCCGAACUCUCGAAGUCUACUCCUCGCGGCUCAAGUUCAUCUUCCUGGUCGAGCGCCUGGAGCGGUUUUCUCCGCCGCUGAAGAGUCGUUGCUUCUGCGUCCGCGUGCCGCUUCCGAGCCACAAAGAAGUCGUAGCCUCGCUGAGAACGAUGUGCGACAAAGAAGGCUUGACGCCCCAAGUGGCGCCCGACGCGCUUCUUCAGACGAUUUCUCAGCAGAGCCAGCGAAAUCUGCGGCGAGCGGGACUCGCGCUCGAGUGCAUUGCGACGCACAACUUCUCUUCGUCCUCGUUUCCUUCUUCUCCCUUGUAUCUUCCGUCCGGCGAGGCGUCUCCAUUCCCCCUGCCGUGGGAGCGGCUGUGCGACGAAACAGCAGUUCGGGUGUACAGACAGCAGAACCCGCGGUGUUUGUCGGAGUGCCGCGGAAUGCUCUACGACUUGCUUUCAGUUUUGAUUCCCGGCGAGCUUAUUUUGGCGCGUCUCCUCUCCACGUUCCUCGCGCUGCUCAAGCAGGACAGGGGCGAGAAGUCCAUGCAGAGGACGCCCUCCGGCCCGAAGGGCGGGCCGCAGACUCCGCCGCAGCGCGGUGGACAUACACCCCACGGUGCAGCUCAGAUGCGGAAAGUUCAGGGUCAAGAUCCCGCGACGGUGCUCGUCCACGCCGCUGCGCACUUUGCUCACACGCUCAAAAAAGGAUCCAAAGACAUCAUCCACUUGGAGGCCUUCCUCGCGCAGGCGAUGCGGAUCCUACACCUGGCGGGCGUCAAGAAGGAGUGA